AUGCUGGUUCAAGCUCUUGUUGCGACUCUCCUUCCAGCUGUCGUCCUGGCUGUUCCAGCCGCGCAGACCACAUCCAACAACGGAGAAGAUGUCUACGGAAUUCCCUCGUCCAUUGAAGCUGCCUACAUUUCAGCCAUCCCGACUGCCUGGAUAUCAUCUCUAGACACCCCUGCGUUUGCAUCCUCCGUACUAGCCGAGGAGGAAGCUGGCAUUGAACCAUCCUGGUAUAGCAACGAGCCCGACAGUGUGAAGGCAUACUUUUCCACUCGCAACAAAGCCAUUGAUUCCUACUACGCCAAGGCGUCUUCAUCCUAUUGUGUCACAGCCUCGGUCUUGACCGCCGACAUCUCUGGUGGUUCCACUCUUACCUCGGGAUUGACUGCCACCUCCAUAUCUGCGUUUGCGUUUGCGUUUGCGUUUGCGUUUGCGUUUGCGUUUGCGUUUGCGUUUGCGUUUGCGUCUGCGUCUGCUUCUUCCACGAGCAUUCAACUUGGCUCGACUUCUACUGGAGGUGUCCCUGCCGCCACGACGGGCCUUGCCAUGAGCCUUGCUGGUACUAUGGCAAUCCUAGGUCUCGCGGUCGCUCUGUGA